CAACGCCUUAUGACCAUCCAACCACCAAGCAAAGCCAACACGAGCACACAAUACAAUAGCCCACAUGCAGCAGCUAACAAACGAGCCACUUGCAUUUUCUCCGCCACAUCCACAUCCACAGACACGCAUACACUCGCACCAGGCAGCACGCCACAACAGCAGCACCUGGUCUUGGUGUUGCCUGCAGGCAAAACACAGGAAGCACACACUGUCUUCCCCUGCCCUCCGCACCUUUGAUUGCUUCGCAGCCCAUUAUUCAGGGUGAGAAGAGUGGGAUGACAACAACGUCAGUCUCAGUCAUGCUCAACCGCGGCAGUGCUUCGGCCAUGUCGACUGUGGCUGCAACGCUGCUCAUUGCCGCACUCAUCUACAUGCAGCCAGCCGAAGCAUACGUCAACGAAUAUCUGGAGGACGUGUACUUCCGCUGCGAUACGGGAGAAGGCCUCACCUACAUGACCAGCAAAUACAGCGACAACAAGUAUGAUCGCCGUUGGGACUUCAGCUGUGCCCCGAUUGGCACCGCCUCCAGCGACACGCAGAGCAGUGGUGGUUACGACGUUCGCGACCUUUACAGCAACAACAACUACGACUGUGCAAGCGGCUACUACAUGGAGAAGCUUGAAUCGACAUACAGCAGUGUGGACCGCUUGUGGAAGUACACCUGCCGUCGACCGAACAACGUUCAACUGCUCAACUGUGCACAAACAUCGUCUUAUGAAAACUCGAGGACGGGCAACCUUGACUACGACAUCACUGGCACCAACAAGAUCAUCACUGGCUUGUACAGCAAAUACACCGACACCGUUUUUGAGUGGGAUCGUCGUUGGAAAAUCACCACGUGCGAAGUGGAGUGCGACCUGACUGGCGAUUACGUCAACAGCGACGUUCCCCGAGUGUGCACCACGCUGUCCCCGAGUGGCAUCACCAACGGGAACUUUGUCGCUGACUACCAAGAACCGUUUGGCUCGUACUGCGAGACCUCCACCGCCAUCACGACAAUCUCGACACAGUUUGCAGCUAGCAGCACAGACCGUCGCUGGGCCUUCACGUGCACGAAACCAACCAGCGGUGGGCAGGUUAUCACCAGCCAGACCUGGUCCACUCCCGCCUAUGGAAAGCUUGGGACAGCGUUCACCGUCUCCUGCCCAAGCAACACAUACAUCACUGGCGUGAAGUCUGCCUAUGUUUCGUCGUUUCAAGACCGCGUGUACUCGUUCCAGUGCACUGGCUAUGAGAACACCGAGAUCUCCGCCGUGAAUUGCAACGGCGCUGUGGCUGUCAAUGCUGCUGGCGCAGACUUUGACUUCUCAACAAGCUCCGGCGCAUAUGUCAUCACAAGUUUGACAUCCACAUUUGAUUCUUCCACAAGUGACCGCGAGUGGACCUUUACUGAGUGCAAGCCACAAUGCGUCGAUGGCACCAUGCUCAACAGCGACGGGUAUUGCAGCGAGCCUGUGUGUCCUCAGUUGACGAUCACCCAUGGCACCAUCUCGGGUGAUUGCACCGGAUUUGAAGGCGAUGAAUGCACGUUUGAGAGCUGCAACACCGGAUACGAAUUCAGCAGCGCAGCGACAACGCGCACGUGUGACGCUGAUGGUGCCUGGUCUGGUGCAGACAUCACAUGUGAACCAAUCACUUGCAACAGGCUGACGCAUUCACAGAUUACCCUCAUUGGCAGCUGCAGCGGCAAUUACGGUGACGUGUGCACGUACUACUCCUGCCCUUCUGGUUACGCCCUGCGCGGCACCACCUUCUCGCGCGAAUGCACCGCAGACGGCUGGACAGGAACGGAACCCUACUGUGAACUCCUGGAAUGCUCUGAAUUGACUGCUCCCACGAAUGGAUGGCGGGGCGACACGUGCACGGGCACGCUUGGGUCGACAUGCGAGCGGGGCUGCAACGACGGCUUUGUGCUGUCGCCAACAGAGGCCAGUGGCGGUUUCACUCGCACCUGCACAGAAACAACAGAUUCUGACGGGCUCGCUGUGGCUGAGUGGACAGGCUCCGAGCGCACAUGCAUUACGGUUGACUGCGGCGAAAUCGUGCUGGCGAACGGGCAGACGACUGGCGAAUGCAGCGGCAACUAUGAUGACACGUGCACCUACGAUGAAUGUGACACUGGAUAUGCGCUGUCGUCUGGCGGCUCCACUCGUCGCACGUGCGGUGUGACGGACGGCGUCGCUGCCUGGUCUGGCACAUCCAAGCAGUGCGAAGUGGUGACGUGCUCAAGCAUCGAAGUGCAGAAUGGUGUAACAAGUGGCACUUGCGACGGCACUGUGGGUGGCGAGUGCAGUUUCACCUGCGACACCGGGUAUUGGCCAUCAUCAUCUGGCAGCACAACCACGACAUGUGUACUCAAUGCGGACGGACACUCCGCCUCUUGGGAUGCAACCAUCGCAACAUGCACAGAGGUGAUGUGCCCGACGCUGACGCUGGAAUACGGCAGCGUGUCUGGGUCCUGCUCUGGCACCGUUGGCGACGUCUGUGUCUACGAUAGCUGUGAUGACGGCUUUGUGUUUGGCAUUGGCGGCAGCUCGUCACGCACAUGCAUUCAAGACGAAGACACGGCAUACUGGGACGGCGACGAGAAGACAUGUUUGGAAACGAUUGAGGGUGAUGGAGGGACCAAUUUCACCAUUGCCUGUGCUGCCGGUCAGGCCAUCACUGGCCUCUACUACACCUCCGGCACAGACACGUACGAGAUUCUGUGCCAAGACGCGGGAGCGUCUCUUUCCAAGCGCAUCUACGCAUCCGCAGAGACACUAACCGUGAGCGGCAACACGGCCCAGUACUGCGAUUUCGACACCUAUGCCGUUAGCGGCGUCUCCAAGAAGGGGUCAACCCUCGUGUAUGAUUGCUCGCUGCUGGCUGGCGCAGAGCUUGUUGACUGCACGCUUGGUGAUACACUUUCCGGCAGUUACAGCAUCCUGGCACCCGAGGGAUCAGUCUUUGCAGGCAUUUACAACACGGACUCAACUUCCCCUCAAGUUCGCGUGUGCGACGUCCGCUGUCGCGAGGAGGAUGGCUUCUACUCCGUCGGGGGAACCAAGUGCAGGCAGCUGUCCUGCGGUGCUCUAACGCUGACAAAUGGCGCGACGUCUGGCACGUGCUCUGGUGCUAAAGGUGACACGUGCACGUACGAGAGCUGCAACUAUGGGUAUGAGCUGUCCGCCUCUGGCGACACGUCCCGCACAUGCUCCAUCACCAACGGCCGAGCAGAGUGGUCUGGCGUCGCAAAGACCUGCCAACCCAUCUCCACGACUGGAUCACCCACAACCGUCAACGCGUGUGAAGGCCUGAGCCGUUCCCUCAAUCCGGCCACGUGCCGCGAACGUUGUGAGCGUAACAACGAGGACUCGACUUUCAUGGCCACCUACGGCGGCUGCACGCGGGUGUGCACGUGCGGGUGCAGGAAACGCUUCGAGAUUACUCAAGAAGAGGAUGACUGUUCAGCGCAUUGUGCAUCACAAGGACUGGACGCCUCUUUCUUCGAGGAGCACGAGGGCUGCCGCAAUGUGUGCCUGUGCUUUGAGGCAAGCACCCGCUCAACCGCUACCACUGUGACGACGACGACAGAAGUCACUUUCACCACACAGGUGACCGGCACUGUGGAAACCAUCGCCGGCAACGGCCUGGUGGACUGGACGGGGUCGAGUGACCCCACAGCAACGGGCCUCAACCAGGCCGAGUGCGUUGCCGUGGACGUGACGGGCGCCACGUACAUUGCCAUCCGCCACCGCGUCGUGAGCAUCUCGCGUGACGGCAGCACCAUCACCACCAUCGCCGGCACCAAGACCCGCGGGUCCGCUGGCGUUGGCGGCCUGGCCACAGCUGCGCAGCUGGACCGCCCCACGUGCGUGGCCGUCGACACCAUCGGCAACGUGUACAUCUCGGAGAAGGGCAACCACCGUGUCAGCGUCGUGGACGCAAGCACGGGCGUCCUGUCUGUGUUUGUCGGCACGGGCGAGGCCGGCCAUCGUGGCAUGGGCGGCUCAAGUCGCGCGGCGCAGAUCCACUCCCCGCAUGGCCUUGCGUUCGACAGCCGCGGCACGCUGUACAUUGCCGACACGGAGAACCAUGUUGUGUACGGUGUGGACCGACGCUCCCUUGUGAUUGACGUCGUUGCUGGCACGCCCUUCCGCAAAGGAUACCACGGUGACGGCCGCCCAGCCACAACCGCGUGGCUCAACGCGCCCACGGGCAUUGCUGUUCGCGGUGCGGGUGAUUUGUACAUUGCUGACACGGGCAACAACCGCAUCCGCUACGUUGAUCUGGACAGCGACAACAUCAUCGACACAUUGGUUGGCACGGGCCGCUACGGCGGUGAUGUGGACGGCAGCACGACCACUGCUGCGCUUGAGACGAAUCUGGACCACCCUGAAGGCGUUGCUGUCAAUGCAGAGGGCACCACGCUGGUCAUUGCAGACACAAACAAGCACGUGCUGCGGUCUGUGAGCUUGAACGGCGAUGAUUCCCCGGUGACCGUGCUUGCAGGCACGGGCAGUCGAGGCUUCAACGGCGACGGGAACGAUCCAACCGCCACCAAGUUCCGCUCACCCGUCAGCGUCGCCUACGACAUUGGCGAACGCGCAAUUGUGUUUGUGGACCAGCAGAAUCGUCGCAUUCGACGCGUGCACCUUUGAUGGCUCAGAAACACAAUGUCGUAUUUGUUUGUAAUUGCGACCGCGUGUGUAUGUGCUUCUGUUGCUUGUGUUUGCGCACUUCUCGUAUCGUUGUUUUUUGUUCGUUUUGGCGCUUGUCUCGUAUGAUUGCUCUGAUUCAUGUGGUAGUCUGUGUGAUGCUGUCUGAGUUGCAGGUCACUGUGGUAAAGUGGCUUGGUUUGCUGCCUUACCUGCAUGUUUUUUUUUUUUUGGUUGUGUUGUCGUGAGCAUGCCUGCAUGCUAAUGGUUGAUUUGCCCUUCCUGUUGAUUUGUACGUGGCGGAACGAGAGCGCUCGAUCAACCCCCUUGUCUCUCUGUCUGCUGUGCAGCGGUGGUGUGGUUUGCCACCCCAGCACUCCGGCUCUGUGAAUGACGAACAAGAAAUAAGUUGGAUCACAAACGAAGCUCCU